AUGUCGAUGCGGUCGGGCGGGGACGAGGCGCGCUCCCGGUCCCGCUCGCGCCGGGACACGGCCGUGUUGGUGGAGCGCGAGCGCGAGCGCGACUCCCGCCGCCGGUUCCGUUUACUGUCCCGGGAUUUGGAGCGCUUCCGCACGCGCUCCUUGUCCCGAGACCGCGAUCGGGACCGGCUCCGCUUCUUGUUGUGCUUGCUGCUCUUGGUGUGUUUGGAGCGGGACGAGCUCCGGCUCCGAGACCGGCCCAUCCUUCCGGGCGACGCUGUGACUAACCGCUGGCCUCGGGCCCCACACGUGCCCGGCUACCCUCGCCUCCGCCUCCGGAUGCGGGCCGACCGUCCUGUCGAAGCCCGGGGAAAGAAAGCUGUCAGUCGGUUGACUUUCUAUCGCUCCCUGAGGCCGAAGACCGCCACGAAGGCCGCCUCCAACGACAAGGCCGCAACGCCAGGAGUUGCUAAGAUGGCAGCCGCGGCUGCACCGGCCGCCCCUCCCACAAUGCCCCGCGCGGAACGCGCCGUCGCGCGCGCCCCGCCCCCGACGCUUAUUGCCGAAGGCGAGGCGAGCGCUUCCGAGCGCUCUCGGCUCCUUCCGCCAGCCCCGCCCCAGCCUGACGCGCGGGAGCCGGAGCCUUUCGCCUCAGCUUUCGAGCUUUCGAGCCCUUUACUUUCCGGAUGUCUGGUCUUCCUUCUUUGAUGGUAUGAGGCCCCUCCUUCUGUGAUGACAAUGGGGAAAACCUUGAAGGGGCUUCACAGUUUGAUCUCUUUCUCGCAAGGAUGAGGGAAAUAUCCUUAAUUGA